CGCACAUACAAUUUGAAAUUCAUUAUAAAGAAAACAAAUUAAGCCUUUUCGAUAUACGCGCAUUUGUCUUAAUAUUUAGUCAUUUACAACAGCUUAUUCUGUUCCUAAGAAAAUGCCUGUGAAAACAAGUGUUUGGAAGAAAAAUGUCAAGGAAAUGAAAGGCUCUACACCACAUACAACUGCAUACUUGUGCCAAGCAACAUAGAUAAGAAUUAUAGUUAGAUUCAUUUGUAUGUAUUUGAAAUGUGAGUGCACUGAUAUGACAAUUGCAUUUUGGUUACGCGCUGUAUUCCACAAAAACAGUGGAUAUACCUGUUGUUUCAAGACUCAUAUAUACGUAUAUUAUACAUACAAACAACCAUACAUAUCCAGGUGCAUCUUUCGCUUCUAAAUAAAACCAAAAUCACUAAAAUGUUAAGAAAAUACGCUUUCCUGAAAUUUACUGCAACCAUAAACAUCACACUUAUUUAUUUUCUUAUGUAGCCGUGUGCGUACAUACAUAUACAUAGAUAGGCCGAUAACCGACAGACCACGGGCCAAGCAGAGCAGCAAAGCGAAUCCCCAUUUAUUUCUAUUGAUAAGACAUCCAAAUUUAUAAACGAAAUGGUGAUUUGAUUUGCUACAAAGCUAACGAACACCAAUCGCAUCAGCAGUUGUACGCAGAGUGUUGAUUAAACAGCAUCGAAAGGAAUAGCCAUUUAUGUACAUACAUAUGUACGAGUAUAUGCAACAAUAAAUCGCUAGUGUACGUGAUACCAAUAGCAUAAUACAGAGAUCUUAAGUACUCACACCAAAAAUUCCGCAUCCGUCUAACCAGCAUGACAACUGCCUUGGGCCGCUUGCGUCUAAUCACUUUUGACGUCACCAAUACUUUGCUGCAAUUCCGUACUAGUCCUGGCAAGCAAUAUGGCGAAAUUGGUGCACUUUUUGGUGUGCUUUGUGAUAAUGAUGAACUCGCAAAAAAUUUCAAGGCUAAUUGGUAUAUGAUGAAUAGAAAAUAUCCCAACUUUGGACGCAAUUCGCGUAUUGGCUGGCAACAGUGGUGGCAUCAGCUUAUUAGUGGCACAUUCGCAGACAGUGGCUCAUUAAUACCCGAGGAUAAAUUAGGAAACUUGUCCAAUCAUUUGUUGGAGCUUUAUAAGACAAGCCUUUGUUGGCAGCAUUGUAACGGCAGCAUCGAUUUACUCAAUUAUUUACGCUUGCAACAACAACUCGCUACAAACCAUCAUGACAAUGAAUUUAAUGAUGAUCACAGCAGUCAUAAAUCGCCAAUUUCUCUGGGUGUCAUUUCCAACUUUGAUCCGCGCUUAGACAUUCUAUUGCGUAAUCUAAAAAUUAAGCAUUAUUUUGAUUUCACAAUCAAUUCUUAUGAUAGUAAUUGUGAAAAGCCAAAUCCUGAAAUAUUUAACUUAGCCAUGAGGAUGUCCGAUUUGACUGAUUUGAAGCCAGAAGAAUGUUUACAUAUCGGUGAUGGCCCAACUACAGAUUAUUUGGCAGCGAAAAAUAUUGGCUGGAAUUCCGCACUUAUACACGAGAAGAAUGUCAACUAUCUCAUUCCAAAAUAUGGCGACAAAAUUGAAGAACAUUUCGUUUUCCCUAGUUUAUAUGAUUUUCAUAAAAAGUUUUCAAAUAAUUUUAUAAAGUGGUGAAUUAUUUUAACAUUAACUAGUGUUUACUACUACGGCCUAUGUAAUAAAUACAAAAUAUACAAACUCA